CAGUAUGGUUCUUUCCAUGAACAACCUCAUAAAUCCUAAACAAUUUUCUCCAAAAGAACUAUCUAACAUAACUUUAUCAGUUCCCUCCUACCCCAGUAGCCACCAUGACGGAAGGGAGUGACGAUCUUCGAGAAACCAUCCUUAAAAUAAUCAAAGAAGGUACAAAGAAGGCCGAAUCCAUGCCAUCUCCAUGUAUUUUCAGGGUCCGGAAGAAGCUUCGCAAGGUGAAGAAAAGUGCCUACACUCCUCAACUCGUCUCAAUCGGACCUCUUCACAGCAACAAAGAACAUCUUAAAUCUCCCAUGGAGGACAUUAAGAAGCAGUACGCCGAAGCCCUGUUUAAGCGAGUGCAGACAGCCAAUCCAACAAUGGAUUUUAAGAAGGAGCUAACGCAAUGUGUAGAGAGACUGAAACUGUCGUUAGACACAGCCAGGAAUUGCUAUGCAGAGAAAGUAGAAGUCGAUGUGGAGGAAAUGAAAGAGUCGUUAGACAAAGCCAAGGAAUGCUUUGCAAAUAAAGUCGAUGCCCUGGAGAAAAUGAAAGAGUCGUUAGACAAAGCCAAGGAAUGCAUUGCAAAGAAAGUCGAUGUCCUGGAGGAUGUGGAGAAAAUGAAAGAGUUGUUAGGCAGAGCCAAGAAAUGCUUUCCAAAGAAAGUCGAUGCCCUGGAUGUACCCAUGUUGGUCAUCGAUGGUUGUUUCAUACUCGAACUUCUCUACAGGGAUCGUCAUCCCAACAUGAUCGGAACCAGCAACAACCCAAAUUCCAAUAACAAAACAAGUCAAGAUUUCUGUUUCGACACCUCUCUGAAUCGCGUCGCAAUUAGACAUGACUUGUUGCUAUUAGAGAACCAGCUUCCCUUCUUCGUUCUCGAGGACUUGUUUGACCUCACGGUGGCUAAGAUUCCGAACCCCACGGUGGCUAAUACUCCGAACCUCACGGUGGUUACUAUUCGGCCUAGUCUUAGUCACUAUCUCCUCUCAUACUUUGGUAACAUGAUGAAUCCGAAUCCCUCAGGACAAAGCGACAAUAAUAACUGGGAACCGAAGACUUGUGAGGGAGUACCGAAGAUUUGUCAUAUCCUCCACUUUCUAUACAAUCAAUACCGUCAUCAUCCACAGAAACAAGAAGGUACUAUACAAUCAAUACCGUCAUCCACAGAAACAAUCAAUACCGUCAUCCCCGAAAACAAGAAGGAACAACAAGAUUCACCAAUAACCAAUUCCAUGCCUCCUGCAUCAGAACUCGAGUAUGCAGGAGUCAAGUUUAAAUCCAGUACUACUAAAACCGGUGAUAAAGACACCCUAUCCAGUACUACUACAACUGGUGGUAAAGACACCCUAUUCGAGGUCCAAUUUGAUGCCCCACAAGGCCUUUUCCGGUGGUGCCGUAGAGCUUCUUUCAAAAUCCCAACUCUGAGAAUUAGUGCCGCUACAGAAAGACUCUUGAGAAACCUCAUUGCUUUCGAGCAGUGUUACACUGGCUUUGAUCGUAACAUUGGCCAUGCUCGCCUUGAUUUUUACUUCACAUCGUAUGCUACCCUCAUGGAUAGACUCGUAGACACUGAGAAUGACGUGCAAGUGCUCGAAAAGGCUAAAGUCAUAUAUAGCCGUCUCGGCGACAGAGAAGAGGCCUCUGAUCUGUUCCACAGUCUCUGCAAGGAAAUUGUUCUGCCUCGGGAUAGUUUCUAUUUCGCUGAAGCUUGCAAUCAGGCUGCUAGACGCAGCGAGCAUCUUUGGUUUAUAUGUUUGGGGUAUUUGAGGCGUACAUAUUUCGCAUAUCCAUGGACAUUCAUAGCUUUCUUCGUUGCCUUCAUCGUUUUUGGCAUCCAAGUCGCACAACUCGUCCGUAAUUUCCUUCGUUGAGGAUUAUUCUGCCAGAAUUACUUACUACUCCCAUUUUAGGCCUUCUCAGUAAUCGGUUAUGAGUCAAAAUGGGGUUAGUUAUGAAAUAUGUGGUUUUAAUUGUAAGAUAUGUGGUAGCUUGUUAAAUAUGUGGUAUUAAUUGUGAGAAAUGUUGUGUUCUCUUGCACCUUGAUAUCUCCAUCAAUAAAGUCUUUGCUAAUAAAUAAAUAAAUAAAGUCUUUGCCGUCA